AUGGCGUAUUUUUGGCAGACAAGUCCAAAUUCCAAUGAAUCCCAUGAAGAUCAGCACAAGCACAAAGAAUUUCAUUCUGCAAAUCGGACCCUUUCUUCUAAACACAUCAGUCUGGGGUUUGAUCAGCUAGUAGAUGAGAUCAAUAAUGAAAUUCCCUUCUAUCAGCCUGAAAUGGGAGAAAAAACCUGUUCUGUGCUCCAUUUACCAAACUGGGACUCAAAAAGGCAUCCAUUAUAUGAAACCCACCAAACGCCUCUGAAUGAAUCCACUUCUAAAUGCCAAGAGCCCUCCUGGGAUCAAAGCACAAAAACAUCACGGACUGGUUUUAGUCCUUCCAUACUGACAAACUCACAUCAGAUAAACAAAGAAAGUUCCUUGGGAUACCCUUCUGGAAAACACCAUCGUGCUGAGUAUUCCAGAUUCAAUAUAGUGUCCACAUUUUCCACUAGGGUGGGUGAAAUUUACCCACCGAUAAGACUGGAAAAUGAAAAUCCUAAUUGCCAUGUAAGAUUCAAAGAUGCUAUUCCUCCUUUACAUCCAUCUUUUUCACCUGACUUCAUGCCAGAAGAGAAGACUAAAAGGAGCAGACACGUAAGCAUCACGGACCCUUCCCACAUGCUCUUCCAAGGCUCUCCACCAAGAAGUCGGGAGAACACACAGCCAAGGAAGACAGAGUCAAUAGGUUGCUCCGUUCGGCUGGUUGAAGCACCUCAAGGGAGUAACAGGAGUCUAGCUUCUUUUUGUGACAAAGUAAAUAAAAUAAGAGAAACAUACCAUGCAGGCGACAUUGAUUCCAAUUCUGGGAAGAUCUGGAGCGCUGUCACACCAUUUCCACAUCAACUCUUCUCUAACACGAAGUUUAAUAUAAGUAUUGUUACUGGCAACUCAAUACAAGUAGUUCAUCUUAUGCCACAUGCUAACUAUCUUGUCAAAGACCUAAUUGCAGAAACUCUACAAUUUUUAACAAAUGACCAACUAUCUCUUAAAGAUUAUCUUCUAAGUGUAUGCGGCUCUGAAGAAUUUUUACAGAAUGAUCACUGUUUGGGGAGUCACACAAUGUUUCAGAAAGAAAAAUCUGUUAUUCAACUUCAUCUUCAGAAAAAUAAAGAAGUUCCAGGAAAAUUAUCUCGAAUGCAAGAAGAUGACCACAGUCACUUUUAUCUGAGCCAACUUCUAGAAUUUAUGCAUAUUUGGAAGAUAUCCAGACAGUGCCUUUCAGCAGUUUUGGAAAAAUAUAACUCUCACCUGAACUGCCUGAUGAAAACCCAGAAAAUUGUGAAUAAUAUCAUUGAAGAAGUUAAAAAUAUAUGCAGUGUUCUGGGGCGUGUGGAAAUCAAACCAGUCACAGAUGCAAUAAAUGAACUUCAUCUAAUGCUUCUGGGAAAAGCAGAGGAUUUUCAUCAAAAUUCUGAAACUUCAACCAAAGGAUUGAUAGAAAACGUGACAACCGAAUUAUCCAUGGCUCUCUAUCAGCUAAUGGAUAUAUACUGUAGCAGCUUUUAUGCCAACUUCCAACCCAUGAAAGCAGCUGUAAGCAUUUCCCCUUCUAUUCCCGAGCUCCAUUCUCACCUGAGCUUCCAAGUAUCUGCAGUGUACAACAUUCCAGAGACCUGGGUGGACAGCUAUAAAGCAUUUUCUUUUUCCUGUUGGCUUACCUAUGCUGGAAAGAAGCUGUGCCAAGUGAGAAACUUCAGAAAUGUUCCAGCAAGAAAAUUAUUUUUUAUCUCAGUCAACUGGAAUGAAAUGGUAAAUUUUCCACUUGAAAUUAAGUCACUUCCGAGGGAAUCCAUGCUCACUAUAAAACUCUUCGGGAUUGCCUGUGAGACCAAAAAUUCGAAUUUACUGGCCUGGACCUCUCUUCCAUUGUUUCCAAAAGAAAAAUCCAUUCUUGGGUCUAUGUUAUUCAGCCUGACCCUGCAGAACGAGCCUCCUGUGGAAAUGAUAGCUCCAGGAGUGUGGGACGCGAGUCAGCCAGCCCCACUGACCCUGCAGAUUGAUUUCCCAGCGUCUGGAUGGGAGUACAUGGAAGCCAGGACUGAAGAGCAUGGGACUCCUCCAGAACCACCCAGAGAGUGUUUGAAACACAUCGCCAGGCUUUCCCAGAAGCAGUCGCCCAUACUACUAUCUGAGGAAAAGAGAAGAUAUUUAUGGUUUUAUCGCUUCUACUGUAAUAACGAGAACUGCUCCCUUCCUCUGGUCCUGGGUAGCGCCCCUGGAUGGGAUGAAAACACAAUUUCAGAAAUGAAGGUCAUUUUGAAACGAUGGAAAUUUUCUCAUCCCUUGGAAGCACUUGGGCUUCUGACUGGCAGUUUUCCAGAUCAAGAAAUUCGCAAAGUGGCCGUUCAACAGUUGGAUAACCUUCGGAAUGAUGAGCUACUGGGCUAUCUCCCACAACUGGUCCAGGCUGUCAAGUUUGAAUGGGACCUAGAAAGUCCGUUGGUACAGCUCCUACUGCACCGGUCAUUGCAGAGCAUCCAGGUUGCCCAUCGACUUUAUUGGCUCCUAAAGGAUGCACAAUAUGAAGCUUAUUUCAAAAGCUGGUAUCAGAAAUUAUUGGCUGCUCUCCAGUUCUGCGCAGGAAAAGCCUUGAGUGAUGAAUUUGCCAAGGAGAGGAAACUUAUCAGGAUCCUGGGAGAUAUUGGGGGAAAAGUCAAGUUGGCCAGUGACCCUCAAAGACAGGUUGUAUUGAAGAAAGAGAUUAUUCAACUAGAUGAACUUUUUCAAGAAAUAAAAACUUGCCACCUUCCACUGAACCCAGCCCUGUGUAUCAAAGGGAUUGAUCAUGAUGCAUGUUCGUAUUUCACUUCUAAUGCUUUGCCUUUGAAGAUUACAUUCAUCAAUGCUAAUCCAAUGGGCAAAAAGAUCAGCAUCAUUUUUAAGGCUGGUGAUGAUCUUCGGCAGGAUAUGCUUGUUCUGCAGCUCAUUCAGACGAUGGACAACAUUUGGCUGCAGGAGGGCUUGGAUAUGCAAAUGAUCAUUUAUAGAUGUCUAUCCACAGGAAAAGACCAAGGUCUGGUGCAGAUGGUGCCUGAUGCGGUCACGCUUGCCAAGAUUCAUCGCCAUUCGGGGCUGAUGGGACCACUGAAAGAAAACACCAUCAAAAAGUGGUUCAGUCAGCACAACCACAUAAAAGCAGAUUAUGAAAAGGCACUAAGGAAUUUUCUCUACUCCUGUGCUGGCUGGUGUGUGGUAACCUUCAUCUUGGGAGUCUGUGAUCGUCACAAUGACAACAUCAUGCUGACAAAGUCAGGCCACAUGUUCCAUAUCGACUUUGGAAAAUUUCUAGGACAUGCACAGACAUUUGGAGGCAUCAAAAGGGACCGAGCCCCUUUUAUUUUUACUUCAGAGAUGGAGUACUUCAUUACAGAAGGUGGGAAAAACCCACAACACUUUCAGGAUUUUGUGGAGCUUUGCUGCCGAGCUUAUAAUAUCGUCCGAAAACACAGCCGACUGCUCUUGAACAUGCUAGAGAUGAUGCUGCACGCUGGUUUGCCUGAACUAAAUGGAGUCCAAGACCUGAAAUACGUCUACAACAAUCUUCGUCCACAAGAUACAGACCUGGAAGCCACAAGUUAUUUUACCAAGAAAAUAAGAGAGAGUUUGGAGUGUUUUCCUGUUAAACUGAAUAACCUGAUCCACAUCCUGGCCCAAAUGUCAACCAGCAGCCCUGCCAAACCUGCUUUACACACAGAGUUCCAGGGAUCCUGGGUGCCAGGUGCAACCAAGUCAAUUCAAAGAGCAACAAUUUUGGGAUUCAGCAAGAGACACCAUCAGCUAUAUCUGAUCCAAGUGAUGCAUGGCAACAAUGAAACAAGCCUCACAGAAAAGUCAUUUGACCAGUUCUCCAAACUUCAUAGCCAACUUCAGAUGCAGUUUGGAACACAGGCUCUCCCAGAGUUUCCUCACUGGUGGCACUUACCUUUCACAAAUUCAGAUCACAAAAGAUUCAGAGACCUGAAUCAUUACAUCGGACAAGUAUUACAUGGAUCACACAAAAUCGCCAACAGCGAUUGUGUACUUAAUUUUUUCCUCUCUGAGCCCGUGCAACAAGCCGAAGAAUCAUCACUUGUCGACCUAGGUGAACAGUUUUCUGACAAGAAGCCGAAGGUACAGUUGGUUAUAUCAUACGAGGAUGUGAAGCUGACCAUACUAGUGAAACACAUGAAAAACAUUCAUCUCCCAGAUGGCUCUGUGCCCACUGCGCAUGUUGAAUUUUAUCUGCUACCAUAUCCCAGUGAGGUUCGCAAGAGAAAAACAAAGUCUGUUCCAAAAUGCACUGACCCCACUUACAAUGAAAUUGUGGUUUAUGAUGAAGUCACAGAACUCCAAGGACAUGUCUUAAUGUUAAUUGUGAAAAGCAAGGAUGUAUUUGUGGGGGCAAUUAACAUCCAACUUGCUAGUGUCCCACUCAAUGAAGAAAAAUGGUAUCCACUAGGAAACAGCAUGAUCUGA